AUGUCGUCCGUGAUACGUCCCCCAGACCCAUGUCUGAUUGCCAUUGCCCUCGUCGUUCGUUCCCGUGCUGGCCCACGAUUCGUUUACCAUUAUCCCCCGAACCCAUCCAUAACGGAAUCCCCCUCCACAUCACCGAACAAAUACGACUCGCUGAGCCGAGAAGACCAAGACCAGGAAACGAAAGCUACAGACUCUGGCGCGUCAGUGGAUGAGGAAGGACUUACAUCUGAAGACGAGGAUGACGCAAGUGUUUUAGGGGAUAGAGACCGAGAUCGAGAUAGAGAUCGGGAGAGGGGUGUUGGUGCCGCUGAUAAGGACCGCAGGUCUCCGUCCCGUAGCCAUGUGGUGAAGAAGAAGGUGGCUAUACAGGGGGCUCCGGACGGUGAUGGGUCUGAGAGUAUUCGUGAAGAGAAGAAGGCGGACCUCGAGAAUGUAUUGCUACAGGGCGAUUCGUUCCUGGGGUUGAAAUGUGAUAUUUGGGAGAAGCUGUUGAGUCCGUCGCCGGCAUGGCAUAAGCGGCGGUUCGAGGUGGGAGUUAAUGACCUUACAUUCGUGGGAUGGCCUGUUUUUGUGAGGAAGGAUGGGACUUGGAGGAAGAGGAAGAAGAAGAAAAAGAAGAAGGGGAAAGAGAAGCGGAACGAGGAGAAGAAAACAAAUGGCGAAAACGGUUCAAGCUCUGGUAUUGGAUCUGGCAUCAGUGCUGGAGAAUUGUCUGUGAAUGUGCCUGUUGUCUCUAUACCCGAUACAGACGAUGAUGAUGAAGGCGAUACUACUGCGGCGAAUGAUGAAUCCGACGAUCAAUCAGAGGAAGAGCUGUCGAUGACCAAGGAUGGCAUGACGAUGUUCAACGUUGUGUUUGUGCUGAAUCCGCCUACGCUGGAAUAUAACGUGCGCAUCAGGGAGAUGUAUGAUAAUGUGAUUAAGAAGUUUGGCAAGGCGUUGAAGUCCGAGCAGGCGAGGGCGAAUUAUGUCUGGAAAGAGGCACAGAGUAUUUUGCGCAUCAAGGAGAAGUGCCGUGAAGAAAGAUGCUCGGUAUCGGCAGUGUACUCGCAGCUGUUUGCCAAAUCCAGUCUUGCACAGGCGAUUGAGACGCUAUAUACCAACAUCGCGGCGUCGAAGAUUGCAUCUGUCUCACUGGGACCACAGACAAGCAUGUCUAUGCAGAUACUGCCGAUGACAUCGACACCGCAUCUCCCAUCACCCAAUGAACCCGGGUAUCCUGGUCUCUGGCUCACGACUGCAGACAGCAUAUCUGCCACGGACGAGGCGUCGGUCAUGGCAACGUCCGGCCAAAGCCAGGUGUUAGCCAAACAUUUUGCUUUGCUACUCCUAAAUGAUGAAAAUACGAUAUUAAAAGACAUCGAGGCGUCCAAGAGUACCAUCGGCCCACCACUGGCGCACUACAUACGCUCAUCCAAGCCAACCAAAUCGUUUGCUCAGAUAUCAGCUCGCUCACGCAUACCGCUCAGCGAUAUACAGGUGCUAGCGAGCCAUUUGGUAUACUGGAGACGAGCGCGUGCAAUACCACCGCUUAACAAGAAAGAUACAUACAUCGUCUCCCCCAACGCGGACAUGAGCAAGCUGGCUAUUGCGACCACAGCGUACGAAUCUAUGUUUCCUACUUUGCCUAGUCUGCCGAAGAUGUUAGCUGCACUGAGCGGUAGCCCACGACCCUAUUUCAGCUAUAUACCGAGUCGGGACCAUAAGGAGGCGUACUAUGAAAUCCUGGCGUGGCUGGUUAGGGGUGGAUGGGUGACGCAGCUGAGAACGUUUGGAUGGGUGAAGGUCAGCCCCGAGGUGAAGAGUGCUGUGAGGGAGGCGAUGAUGAGAGAAGAGAGGAGGAAGUCGAUGUCGAUGGAUAAGCGCCGUCCGUCCUUCUCGGCCGUGCGUGCCAUGGCGGCAGUCGAGGAGAACUACAACGGGGAAGGCGACAAGGAGAAAGACGGAGACGGAGAUGAGGACGAAGAUGAAGAUGGAUAUGGCUCGUCGUCCUCGUCGUCGUUGGAUAGCGAGAUGAGCGGCGACGCAACGCCUGUCCCUGGCCGGCUUCGAGCCCUUCGAGCAGGAAGAACAACCUCCUCUCUCAUCUUGCGACCACACCGCGCAUCACCGGUCGAGUCUCGCUGGCUAGACUACAUCCUGACCCGGUUCCCUGACCCGUCGGCGCCCAUGGCCGCCUCUACCUCGACGGUGGACGAAGGCAGACAGAGCUUCGACACGGACGAGUCGGAGCUGGACAUGUACGUGGCUCUACGCAAGUACUGGCCCGUGUUUACAAAGUACUUCAACGGCACGGACGCGCUGCAGAAGAUCGCGGUACGGGAAGGGCUGCCCCAUCGGCUGGUGUGGAGGGUGCUGGGGAUGGUGGACGUGAACACGCCAGCGGAGGGAGAGGGCGCCUGGGACGAACGGGAGAAGGUGCUUGUUACCGUCCGGCACUGGUAG